AUGCCUGCCGCAGCUCCGGGAGGGGAUUUCCCCUUUUUCGGAGAGCCGGGACGCGGCGCCCGCUGUCUCCCCCCAUCCCCAGGUCUGCUGGCGGGGGUGAACAUCACCAGCCCGUCGGCACUGGUGCGCGGCACGGCAGGCAAAGCGGCGCUGCUGUCAGUGCGCUACGCCAGCGCCAGCCCCGACAAACCGGUGGUGAAGUGGCAGCUGAAGCGGGACAAACCCGUCACCGUCGUCCAGUCCAUCGGCACCGAGAUCAUCGGCAACCUGCGGCCCGACUACCGAGACCGCAUCCGCGUGCUGGAGAAUGGCUCGCUGCUCAUCAGCCCGCUGCAGCUGGCCGACGAGGGCAGCUAUGAGGUGGAGGUCUCCAUCACCGAUGACACCUUCACUGGCGAGAAGACCAUCAACCUCACUGUGGACAUCCCCAUCUCAAAGCCACAAGUGUUGGUGGCCUCCUCAACAGUGCUAGAGCUCAGCGAGUUCUUCACCCUCAACUGCUCACACGAGAAUGGCACCAAGCCCACCUACACCUGGCUGAAGGAUGGGCGGCCGCUGAACAACGACUCCCGCCUCCUCCUCUCCCCUGACCAGAAGAUCCUCACCAUCACUCGUGUCCUCAUGGCAGAUGAUGACAUCUACAGCUGCCUGGUGGAGAAUCCCAUCAGCCAGGGCCGCAGUGUCCCCGUCAAGCUCACUGUCUACCGCCGGAGUUCCCUCUACAUCAUCCUCUCUACGGGUGGCAUCUUCCUGCUCGUAACUCUGGUGACUGUUUGUGCCUGCUGGAAACCUUCCAAGAAACCGAAGCAGCAAGCAGAGCCACCUCCCCCUGACUACACAGAGCAGGAUGAGGAGCACCCCAAGCACGAGGCUGAGACCGUCCCUCGUGGUGCCGACCAUGAUCGCAAGACCCCCCUGGCCCUCUACAUCCUCAAGGAGCAGGACACUGCAGCACCUCAGGAGGAUUCAUCACCACCCGCUGGGCGCUCACCAGGACGCGGGGCUCGCCGCUACCAUCGCUCACCUGCUCCAGCCCGGCCACCCCGCUCACCCCCCGGCUCCCCUGCGCGAUCCCGCUCUGCUGCGCGCCUGCUGCGGGCCACCGGGGUCCCUGCCAUCCGUGAACAGGAGGAAGGCAGCGCCCUGGAGAUCAGUGCCUGAGCUAGCGGUGGUGCUGGGGAACACGUGCAUGGCCCGGCCUGGCCCAGGCGUGGAGGGGUGACACAGGGCAUGGUGGAAAGUCACUAAUUUGGUAUUGAACUUUGCCGGAGCUGCACCCUUCCAUUCCGUUGGGGUGCUGGGGUGUUGCUGUAGUGGCCGUGGGGCCGGGUGUGGGGCGCAUGGGGAGCACACACACACACAUGCGUGGGACAUAUGUGGAGCAUGCACAGAGAGCCCACGCCGUCUGCAGAGAAAGUGAGCGUGGAGCACAUGGAGUGAGUGUGCACAGAGCGUGCACAGAACAUGCAGAGAGCACAUAUGUGGUGUGCAAAGAGAGCGUGCAGGAGCAUAUGCAGGAGAGUGCUGAGUGUGCUCAGAUUGUGCGGGGAUAUCAUGAACAGAGCAUGCAGAGAGAUGGUGCAUGAAAUAUACGGAGAGAGCAUGCAGAUAGAGUGUGCACAGAGCCUGCAAGAGAAUGUGCAUGGACUGAGUGGAGAGAGCAGCCUGGAGUAUGGAGAGAGGGCAUGUACAAAGGGCGCAAGAGAGCAUGCACAGGAGUGUAUAGACAGAAUGCACACAGCAUGCAGAGGUAGCGUGCAAGAGCACAUAAAUAAAACAUGUCAAAAGCGUGUCAAGAGAGCGUGCACCAAGCAUGCAGCUAAGACCAGACAGACUGCAUAGCAGAAGUACUUGUGCAGAAUGUGUGCAUGGCAUGUGCAUGGAACAUGCAGGUAAGUGUGCAAUUUGCAGAGAGUUUGCCAGCGUUUGGAGUAUGCUCCAAAUGUGCAUGGAGCGUGUAGAGAGCAUGAGUGUUCAGAAAGCAUGGGGCGUGUGGAAGGAGCGUGCAUGGAGUGUGGGAGAAGAACAUGCACGGAGCAUGCACGUGUUAUGCAUGUGCAAGAGCACUGUGCACAUGACCACAACCCCAUGCAUGCAGUUGGUGUGCCGGCUCCCAUGCGCACGCACACCCACACACACCAGCGGAAAGGCCCCCAGCCCUCUGGCUGCACUGUACCCAAACACAGGCCCAAGUCCCAGCAGUGAGCAGUGCCCUUGCAGCCACCAGCCACCCUCUGCUGCCUCUGGAUUUUCUGUGAAAAUCUCCUGUUUUUCAGCGCACCCAUAUGCAUUGCUGCAGGAUCCCCAGGAGUAGGUUUAGGACAGAGCCGAAGGGCCGGGGCGCCAGAGCAGGUGCUGGGGCAGCCCGUGGUGCUCAGCGUGAGCAAGCACUCGUGGAUGCUACUAACCAAUAAACUCCAUGUGUUACCCA